CAACAUUUACGUCCCGCUUUUUUUUUCUUCUCUCUAGAAGGCUGAGUCACCGAGUCACACCCUACUACACUUCUCUCUCUCUCUAAAACAAUUAUUUAUUUAUUUUUUCAAAAAAAAAAUCUCUCUCUCUCUCUCUCUUCUGCGUAAUUCUUGGCUGUGAUUUUUAUUAGUUGGAGGAAAUGCAAGAGCAAGCCACGAGUUCUAUCGCCGCCAGCUCUUUGCCUUCUAGCAGUGAGAGAUCUUCUAGCUCUGCGCUUCACGCUGAAGCUAAGGAAGGCAUGGAGAGUGAUGAUGAGAUCAGAAGGGUGCCGGAGAUGGGGGCGGAGGCCGCCGGCACGACAACUUCCGGCCGCGACGGGGCUUCGUUGGCGGGGCCCGCGCAGCCGUCGGCCGGGGGCUCGAAGAGGAGGGGGAGGAGCCCGGCUGACAAGGAAAACAAGAGGUUAAAAAGGUUGUUGAGGAACAGAGUUUCGGCGCAGCAAGCGAGGGAGAGGAAGAAGGCGUAUUUGAUCGAUUUGGAGGCUCGAGUUAAGGAGUUGGAGACUAAGAAUGCUGAGCUUGAGGAGAGGCUCUCCACUUUGCAGAAUGAGAACCAAAUGCUCAGACAGGUAUGUUACAAGUCCUUCAAGUUAUUUUCAAGAAUUUCGUGCUACAAUUUUGAGCUCGUGAGUGUAUCAUCGCGGCAUGAAAACCUAGUGUGGUUAGAGUUGAUUUUGUUACUUUGUUUGUUUGAAGUAAUUCUUGCAAGUUUGAAAUAAGGCCUUCAAUCUUGAUGGAUUAAUAUUUGUUGCCUUGUGUGAUAUUAUUCUUGUUUUCUGCUCAAAAUGUGAUACUUGAAUGAUAAGAUAGCUUAUCAAAUUGUAAUAUAUCGCGUAGACAUUGCACUAAGCUCGUUUCUAUUACCUUCCGUUUACUUGUUUUCUGCGACUACAUUAGCCUAACGCGAAUGGAACUACUCACUUUUGAAGUUGAGACUUGAGAUGAAUUGUUCCUUUGCCUAUAGUUUUCCAUUUUUUCAUGUCAUUCUCUGCGUGACUCAAAAUUCUUGAUGCCAAAAUGUCGAAAAUUGCUAGGUAGGAAGCAUUUUAAUUGCUAAAGAUCCUAUGUAUACUUAAAUUCGACACAAACUAUAAACUUAUCCCUCGAUUAUCAUAAUGUAGCUGAUCUCUCACCCGACUCCUUAGUAUUGUCUAGACGAUAGAGGAUUUGUUUUUAGUUCCUUUCACGGUUAUGGUUUUGUGCGGUCUUGCUCCUAAACUGCUUGCAUUUUGCAGAUACUGAAGAACACAACUACUGGCCCGCAAGAGGGAAGAAAGUAGGUAUGCAUUUUUUCGGAUGUUGGAUGUGUAUAAGAAUGAGUGUGAGGGCGACAAAGAGUCCCUUUAAGGCGAGCUGUGUUGGUGUCGCGUUGAGAAUGGGUUGCUUUUAUCGACGUGCUAGCUUCUUCUCGCGUUGAUGAUUGUAUGUUGUAGGAUGAUCAAUUAGCUGCUGGUAGAGCUAGAGUUGUUAGUAUUGUAAUGGUAGAUGGAUAAGCUUGCUAUAGAGGGGAUGAAAUAGGUUGUUUUCUAUCUUCCCUUACCUUACCUACCAAAUUCAAGAAAUUAGGGUUCUUGAUGGUAGUGUAGUAUUUUUAUCACACACACUUGUGUGUGUUUAUGUGAUGAAUGUGUGAGUAUUAUAUUUGAUGUA